AUGUUAGAUAAGAAAGCUGACAAAACAGAGCUUCAAACAUUAAAGACAGAAAUACUUCAAACAUUAUAUCCUAUAGGUUCUAUUUAUACGUCAAUGAACUCAACAAAUCCAGCAACAGUUCUGGGUUUCGGUACGUGGGAACAGAUUGUAGAUAAAUUCUUAUACUGUGCUAGAUAUUCAAAGCAAACAGGAGGUUCGAAGAAAAUUACUGAAGCAAACCUUCCACCGCACACUCAUACAGGAACGACAAACUUUUCUGGCGACCAUAGCCACUCAUUAAGAGACCACCCAUUAUACAACUCAGAGUAUGAAGCUGGCAAUGACGUUUUAUCUCCAUCUUAUAACAAUGCAGCAAAAAAGACUUUUCGACCAACUGAACCAGGAGGAAAUCAUGUCCAUACUUUCACAACAAAUCCAACAGGCUCGGGUGCAGAUUAUAUGCCACCAUUUAUGACUGUAUUUGCAUGGAAUAGAGUUCAAUGA